GCUGGAGCAUGACUCUCUUCGACUGCCCAAGAAAUUUCCUUCCCCUCCAUCCCUCAUCAGCCCUCUCCAGUCACCAGGAAGACCUCCUCUGCCUCCCAAACCGCCCAGAGAUCCGACGUCGGCUGAUCACUCGUCGCAGACAGCGAAGGAGGGUGCAGCGUCGACCCUGGUUGCAUCGUUUCUGGACCCUCCAGCUGACAGAGGCCGCAACAUCUUGCCUGCUGCCAGGACGAGCAAUGGAGAGCGUCCCGGACCAGCAGGGGCUGCUGGACUGACAAGAAAGUUUUCCGAAGACGGCCUGUUCCGAAAGAGCAGUCUGGAGAACGGAGUGACCACACACAUACGAGCAACCAUGGAGGCCCCGAUGGCAGCUGGGAGGAGUAACUCGGAGGAUAUGAUCCUUCCAAAACAUUUUGUGGAGAAGGAAGUGGUGGAAGUUAGUGCGGUCUCAGACCCGCAAGAUGACGCUGCAGUCGGUAUCCAAUGGUAUGGCAUGAAAGACGUGUUCGAGGGACAGGAUUGCGCAGAGCACUGAGUCAGAUCAACGGCCAGCCUGCGGAGGUAUCGCGUUCAUGAAGUCAGCCAGUGCUCAGUGUCUUGGAGAAGGAGCGUUUCCAGGUGGCUGACAUGGGACAGUUUUUUGUUUUUUUUUGUUGCGAUACCCACAAUCUGCCCUGAGAUUUGCAUGAUUCUUUUUGACGCUCUAGUAAUGUAUAGAUUUUCGUUC